GUAUCAUUUCCACCGCAUAAGUCCAAAAAGCAGGUUCUCAGUUUAGAAAAAGUGUUAUUUGCUUUGGGAUUUUGCACCAAAAUCAGGCUUAUUCAUCGCUGCUUCUGCAAACAGGUAAUGUUGUCACCGAAUAUCAACAAUAUGAGCACAAACGCCGAUCCCGCGGACACGGAGACCGUGCCAAUUGCUGGCAAUCGGCGGCUGUGGCGCAACUUCGGGGGCAUCUUUUCGGCAAGAAGUGCCGAUGGGAGCGAAGCGGACGCCGAUGGAUACGUGGAGUUCGGUAUCACGGAUCCCGAGCGGUCUCAUGGACGUACAUUGGGCACUUUCGCUGGUGUCUUCAGUCCCGUGGCACUGUCAAUGUUCAGUGCGCUCAUCUUCAUUCGAGUCGGAUUCAUCGUGGGAAAUGCAGGUCUCUUCGUCACCCUCCUUCAGUUCGUCAUCGCCUACACCAUCCUCCUCUUCACCGUGUCUUCUGUGUGUGCAAUCUCAACGAAUGGUGCUGUUGACGGCGGAGGCGUUUACUUUAUGAUAAGUCGCACGCUGGGCGCGGACUUUGGCGGCUCGAUUGGAACGCUCUUCUUCCUGGCCAACAUCGUGGGAUGUGCUCUCUGCGUCACGGGCUGUGCCGAGGGUCUGAUUGAGAACUUCGGACCAUCUGGCUAUCUGGUGGAGGAGGGCAGCUUCACGCUGCCGGACAGCCGAUGGUGGCGCUUCUUCUACUGCUCCAUGAUCAACGCCGUGAUGCUGAUCGUGUGCCUGAUCGGCGCCACAAUGUUCGCCAAGACGUCCGUGAUGAUAUUGGGCAUUGUGUCCGUGUGUCUCGUGUCCACGUACAUCAGCUUCCUGGCGCAGGGCCCGAUGCAGGUGUCGAUUCCGCAGGAGAAUCAGCUGGUGCAGAAUGACACCAAUCCCGCCUUCGGCCUCUACACAGGUCUCUCUAGUCUCACCUUCCAUGACAAUCUGUACAGCAACUACAGCAAGGACUACACAUCCGGUGGGAGUCAAGUGAACUUCGCCAUCGUGUUCGGCGUGCUGUUUUCCGGCGUCACGGGCAUCAUGGCGGGUGCCAAUAUGUCGGGUGAGCUGAAGAAUCCCUCCCAGAGCAUCCCCAGAGGCACACUGUCCGCCGUCACCUUCACCUUCGUCUGCUACAUCCUCCUGGCCAUCCUCAUGUCUGCCACAUGCUCACGCUUCCUGCUGCAGAACAACUUCCUCUUCCUCAUGCCGAUCAACCUGUGGAAGCCCUUCAUCGCCAUCGGCAUCACCACGGCCACCUUCUCGGCCGCCCUCAGCAACAUGAUCGGCUCGAGCAGAGUCCUGGAGGCGCUGGCCAAGGAUCAAGUGUACGGCAGCGCCCUCAACUUUGUCAUUCGCGGCACGUGGAAGGGAAAUCCCGUUGUGGCUGUCUUCACCAGUUGGAUACUUGUGCAGGUGAUCCUGCUGAUUGGCUCCCUCAACACGAUCGCCCAGAUCAAUUCGGUGCUCUUCAUGCUCUCCUAUCUCGCCACGAAUUUAGCCUGUCUGGGCAUUGAACUCACGGGCGCCCCGAACUUCAGGCCGUCCUUCAAGUAUUACUCCUGGCACACGUGCUUCUUCGGCCUCCUGGGCACACUCAUCAUGAUGUUCGUCAUCAAUCCCAUCUACUCAUCCUCCAGCAUCAUUCUCUGUCUCGUCCUCGUCAUCGGCCUGCAUCUGUUCAGCCCAGCAUCCCAGGGGGCUCAGUGGGGCUCCAUUUCGCAGGCUCUCAUGUUCCAUCAAGUGCGAAAAUACCUGCUGAUGCUCGAUUCGCGGAAGGAUCACGUGAAGUUCUGGCGUCCACAGAUGCUGCUGCUCGUCUCGAGUCCCAGAUCCUGUUGUCCACUCAUUGAGUUCGUCAAUGACCUGAAGAAGGGCGGACUUUAUGUCUUGGGUCACGUGAAGUUGGGCAACUACGAGGACAAUGACGAUCCCACGAUCGACGAGUACAAGUACUGGCUCUCGCUGAUUGAUCAUCUCAAGGUGAAGGCCUUCGCUGAGGUCACCCUGGCCAAGACCAUCCGCGAGGGCGUGCAUCAUCUCAUACGAAUCUCGGGCAUGGGAGCCAUGAAGCCCAACACAAUUGUCAUGGGUUUCUACGAUGAGGAGAAUCUGUAUGACUUCUUCGAGUCGGAAAAUUCACCCUAUCACACCCAGACAUUCCGCAAUGAUCCCACGACUGAGGAGGAGGCUUCGAUCUUCCCCGUGCGCCACGCGGGAGCGCCCAAGAAGCUGUCGCCGAAGGAAUAUGUGGCUCUGGUGGACGAUGUGCUGCGCAUGAGGAAGAACAUCUGUCUCUGUCGCCACUUCCAUCGGCUGGACAAGAACCUCAUCGCCAGGACGAAUCACAUCAAGUACAUCGAUGUGUGGACGGUGAAUGUGUUUGAUCCCACGAAUGAGGAUCCCUUCGAUGUCGUGUCGCAGUUUAUGCUGCAAUUGUCCUGCAUCCUCAACAUGUUGCCCGUGUGGAAGCGAAUGCACGUGCGAGUGUUUCUCUGUGAGACUCAGCCGACGAACAACACGGGCAACUUCACAAUGACGCCGCCAGUGACGCAGGAUCAACCGGCUGAAUUCCGUCUCAGUCAGCAGCUGAAGCUCUUCCGCAUCGACGCGACGAUUCAUCAGAUUCCCGAGUGGUCGCGCAAUGAUGACUUCACGCGUCACAGCGCCGUGCUGAAGCACUUCACCAGGAGUGACGCCGAGGCGGAGGAAGGAAUCUCAGAGGAGCUGCUCAAUCGCUCGCGCAUGUACAUGCAGAAGGUGAAUCAGCUGAUCCGCGAGCGAUCUGACCAGACGGCCGUGGCGUUCAUCUAUCUGGCGGCGCCGCCCAGCGUCUCGGCGCAGCAUGGCAGUGCCAAAUCUCUGGCCUAUCUCGACCUCCUGACCGAACUCACGGCCGAUCUGCCGCCCACGAUUCUCGUGCACGGCAUUCACGCCGUGAACUCCACUACCCUGUAA